CUUAGACAGGAAGUGGUUGGUGAACUGCUGCAAGCCAAAACGAAUGGAUGGGUCAGCAUUCCAUCAUCACGUUGAUAAUGACUCCAAAUUUUAAAUAUCUUAUCAGCUGCAUUCACCAGCAGUAGGAUUUUAUAUAUACCUAAUGAAGUGUCUGGUGACCACGUAAGUGUCUUCUGCAAAAGCUUCAACAUACAACAAUGAAGAUGAGGCUGAAGCUGAAGACUGUGUUUGUGCUGUACUUCAUGGUCUCUCUCCUGGGCCUCAUCUACGCCCUCAUGCAGCUCGGUCAACGUUGCGACUGCACAGAGCAUGACAUUCCCAAGGAGCGUGUUAUAUCUCGACUGCGGGGGGAGUUGCAUCGCCUCCAGGAGCAAAUGAGGAAGUCCGGGGAGACCAGACAACCCCAAAAAGACCCCAAGUCCUCCCUGCCCACCAUCUUUGUCAUCACUCCCACAUACGCCAGGCUGGUGCAAAAGGCUGAGCUGACUCGCUUGUCCCAGACGUUCCUCCAUGUUCCGCAGCUCCACUGGAUCAUAGUGGAGGACUCCGAUCACAAGACAGCACUUGUGCGCGACCUCCUGGCAAAGAGUGGCUUGACCUACACGCACCUUCAUGUGGCCACCGCCAAGGAGCGCAAGCUGCAGGAGGGUGACCCCAACUGGCUGAAGCCUCGUGGUGUGGAGCAGAGGAAUGAGGCACUGCGCUGGCUCAGAGAGAAGACACACAGCCAGCAGGGGGUGGUCUAUUUCGCUGACGAUGACAACACUUACAGCCUGCAACUAUUUGAAGAGAUGAGGAACACGCAGCGUGUGUCUGUGUGGCCUGUGGGACUGGUCGGCGGGAUGAAGUACGAGAAGCCUGUGGUGGAAGGAGGAAAGGUGGUGCGCUUCCACACCGGCUGGCGCCCCAGUCGUCCCUUUCCAAUGGACAUGGCCGGUUUCGCCGUGUCCCUCAAGCUGGUUCUGGCCAAUCCAGACUCCUGGUUUGAUGGCAUGGCACCCAUGGGCUUCCUGGAGAGUAGUUUCCUGCAGGGCCUUGUCACCAUGGAUCAGCUGGAGCCUAAAGCAGAGGAUUGUUCCCUUGUGCUGGUGUGGCACACACGCACGGAGAAGCCCAAGAUGAAGCGGGAGGAGGCUCUGCAGGCUCAGGGUCUGGGCUCAGACCCCCACGUGGAGGUCUGAGGAGCACACUCAUGUGUACAUUGACGCUGGAUAUUUAUUUAAUAGUGUUUUUGUUUACUGGAAAGAAAAAAAGAAGUGCGGGGCUUAGGGUAACACCAUCACGUACCAGCUUGGAUUUAAAGUUGGCAUAACUGCUCCCGCUUUACUCUAAUGGACCUCAGUUUAAAACAAACAGCCUUUGUUUUUGCAUGACACACACGCCUGCCUAAAAUACAACUUUUUUUUACUACCUACUGUAGAUGACACAAUAUACAAGAUUCAAGCUCUCAAGAUAUUACAGGAAGGUUUAACUUCAUUCAUGUUGAGGCAAAUGUUUGAUGACGACAAUAAAAAAAGAUCUCUCUUUUGUAUGUGUAGUUUGUAGGGUUGGGCAUCGUUCGAAUUUCAAUUAUUCCGGUUCUGAUGCCAAAUACUUGGUUCGAUUUCGGUUCCUAACAAUUCUUGAUCCUGAUGCUUUUAAGAGGCAUUGUCCUAAAAGUUUGGAUGGUUUAAAUGAGGGCGCUAACCAGAGUUCUUUCUCGAUUAAAUGUAUGUAUGUAUGUACUUUAUUUAUUUAUUUAUCCCACAGCGGGGAAAUUUACUUGUUACAGCAGCAAGCAAGCAAGACAAGUAAAGAGAACAGUGUAAAGAAAGCAUAGUGUCUACAACAUGGUUCAGGUGGUGCAGGUGUUGUAGAGCCUGACAGCGGUCGGUAUGAAGGACCUGCGGAACCUCUCCUUCUUACACCGUGGGUGUAACAGUCUGCUGCUGAAGGAGCUGCCCGGGGAAACAACAGUGUCAUUUAGCGGGUGAGAGGUGUUGUUCAUGAUGGAUGUCAGCUUAGCCAACAUCCUUCUCUCCCCCACUUCCUCCACGGAGUCCAGAGGACCGUCCAGGACAGAGCUCGCUCUCCUGAUCAGUCUAUUGAUCCUGCUCCUGUCCCUGUCCGUGCUGCCCCCUCUCCAGCAGCCCACAGCAUAGAAGAUGGCUGAGGCACCACAGAGUCAUAAAAGGUCCGUAAACGAGUCCUGCACACACCAAAGGACCUCAGUCUCCUCAGCAGGCGGAGGCGACUCUGGCCCUUCUUGUAGAGGGCGUGGGUGUUGACGGACCAGUCCAGUUUGUUGUUAAGGUGAACACCCAGGAAUUUGUAGCUGUCUACCAACUCUAUAUCCGCUCCCUGGAUGUUCACCGGUGUAAAGUGAGAUGUUUUCCUCUGGAAGUUAAUGAUCAUCUCCUUUGUCUUGCUGGUGUUGAGCUGCAGCUGGUUAAGCUCACUCCAGCUGACAAAGUCCCUGAUAACCGUCCUGUAUUCCAGAUCAUUCCCCUCUGAAACACAACCAACAAUGGCUGUGUCGUCGGAGAACUUCUGGAUGUGACACUGUGUGGAGUUGUGUGUGAAGUCCGAGGUGUAGAGGGUGAAGAGGAAAGGGGAGAGCACCGUACCCUGAACUUCUCCAUGAAUUGUGUAACGGUAUGAAGUUUUUAUCACCUUUACUAUGAGUUUCUUACAGGGCUAUUUUCAAGCAGUAUCUAAAUAUCAAACCAUUCAACUUGAAUAGAAAUGUUAUGAAGUUGUUGGUUUUUUUUACAGGAGUACACUUUCACAAAAGAUGUUUACUUUUGAAAAGUACUAUGGAUUGUUUGCCGCCUCAAUGUUGGUGUAUGCUUUUUUGGUUUAUGACACCCUUAUUUUGUUGAAACAGGUAAACAGGAUGUAGCAGGUUCUUAUUUUGAAUGCCGGAAGUGUGUUGUGUGAGUUGAGGACCCUUGACUGUCGUUAACAGAGACAGACUGUGCAUGUUAACAAACUUGCCUCACCCGAGCUCCCAUCCUUUAUUAUUAUCCACCGAACUUCCACAUCACCAGCAACCUGAAACUCUCAGUUACAUUGGCAUGAGACAGACGCCAUGUAUUAUUUGACUUCACGGAUUGUGAUUGCAGGGCCACACAGUGGCCGAGUGGUGAGCAUGUUGGCCACCCAGUCAGGAGAUUGGGAAGAUCUGGGUUCAAGUCUCUGUUGGGCAUCUCUGUGUGGAGUUUGCAUGUUCUCCCCGUGCGUGGGUUUUCUCCGGGUACUCCGGUUUCCUCCCAUAUUCCAAAAAAUGCAUGUUAGGUUAAAUGGCGACUCUAAAUUGUCCAUAGGUAUGAAUGUUAGUGUGAAUGAUUGUCUAUAUGUGUACCCCGCGUCUCGCUCGAUGUCAGCUGGGAUAGGCUCCAGCAUACCCGUGACCCUAGUGAGGAUAAGCGGCAUUGAAAAUGGAUGGGUGGAUUCUGUAAUUUCUACACCAGGUGUGAACAUUAUUCAUGUUGGUCGAGCACUCUCCUGCUUGAUAUCAUUGUGAUGCAAAUGUUGCACUGAGACACGGCUAUUUCUUCAGGUCGGCAAAGUGGCCAUCGAAACUACAAAUCGAAAUAUAAACAUUUAAACGAUUCCGGUUCCCAUUGAUGCUCGAGACCCGAUGCCCAACCCUGGUAGUAUGUUAUGUAAUAUUUGUUCCUCACAUUGUACACUAUGUGUAACAAUAAAGAAUGCCAAACAUUUUUAUGUUUUCAUGUUUGUUUAUUCAUAGUUUGUAGGUGGCAAGUCCUACAUCCACAGGUAAGUCAAUUUAAAUCUUUUUAAUGGCUCAGUUGAACUGAAGUGUGUAUGUAAAAGAGAAAUUUGUAUUUUUAAGCAUCAGUCCACACAAAUCUACUGCUGAGUCCUGUUUUCUGUUGUUUGUUGUCUGCCUGACCUAACCAUGACUAAUGUCCUGGUGAUAAUUAUCUCUUUCUGCCCUCAGGAUCAUAAUCAAUGUUAUCCAACUCAGGCCUGUUUGGUCGCCAUGGAAACCAACUCCGAACAUCCAGAUGACUCACCUUUUGCACGUCAGCCUGCAGAUUGCAUCCAUUCAAUGCGUGUGUCCAUAAAAGCAUGUGACCCACCCUGAC